AUGUUUAAUUGAAAGGCGCAGGUCGACAGCGAUGCAGCAUCAAAGAGUGAGAACAAAAAAGCUCUUAAUAGCAAGAGGCUGAAUGUCCGCUUUUAAAUGCGCCGGCUCGCCGAAAAUUUCUGCACAGUUGAUGAGGCAUUUUGUUUGGCCCCGGGUCCUAGCGGGUUGUCCGGGAGGCUCCAAGCUUGCAAGGGUGGGUGCAGCGUCGCUUCGGCCGGGGAAUGGGCGCGGGCAUGGAACGAGGGAGUAGGGAGCGGUACUUACGUCUGAGGCUCGUCCGAGUGGGUAAUGGAUAGUGGGCGCUGGGGGAUGUUGGAGAUUCGGGGCGAGGAGCAGCGUGAAGAGUAGAUGAAGGUUGGGUCGGGCCUAGCAACCACCCGCGAGGGUUGAGGGAGCUAGGAUGGAGCUACCCAGCGCAGCCAAUGGCGCGACAUGCCAUCAUUUCGUCGCAGAUGAGCCGACGAUCGCCAGCCUCACGUCGGAGAUGGGUCUGCACGUGUGUAGUCAACAACAGUCACUAUCUGCUAGUCGCUUGUCCCAAGAAGAGCCGCGUUGCAGCUUCACCGGUCCCGACAUGAGGCCAUUCAGCGCAGCUACUUGGAAACUCCCCAUGAACUCUCCUCGCGCCUCCACACAGUUGCCCAGCAACGAUGUCAUGGCCCAUUGCUUAUCGUCCAUGACUGAUGAAGGCGGCGCGAACCCACCCUCCGAUAGAGCGCCAGGGCCGUUUGACACCAGGCCGAACCGUGGGCAGCAUCAACAGGGCAAGAGCACGCCUAGCGCACCGGAGCCAAAAACAACGCACGUCAAUAAUGCCUCAUUUCCAGACGCUGGCUUCGCGUCGACAGGGCGACGCGCUACGCCGAUAGCGCCCAGGCAGACUGGAGACGCGUGGGGUGGCCUUGGUAGCUUGCAGCCGGGAUCCUCACUAAGCUUCUGCUGUGCCUGUGCCCCCGCAUCUUGGCGAAGCAUGGCACACGAGCGCUACACGGUCUUUGAAACGCUGCAGAGCAUCACCGUGUCACAGGUACCAUCAGCAGAAGCAAGUGUCGCGAGCUGCAAGCGAGCCUUGGAACGUCUGGGUUGUGUUGCCGUGUCCGCUAUUGUGACGCUGCCCGUACUGCCAAUAUUGUUGAUAUCCAGGAUCGUGGAAUAG